AUGUAUGCUCGAUAUGACGAAACUAAAUCUGUAUUGUUAUCUUCAACAGAUUCGUUCGGAAAUACUUUACUACACGUUGCAGUAAAAUGUGAUAAUGAAAAGUUGGUACAAUUCAUUUGUCAUGAAAAACGGGAACUGAUAAAUAUAUCAAACCACGAGGGUUAUUUACCUGUAGACUAUUGUCAGAGUGUAGAAUGCCUGAAUAUAUUGAAAAUGCACGAUCAAGAUGAAAAAAUUUUACCGUUACAAAAUAAAGUUUAUUUUGGAAAUUUGAAUUCUAAUGAUGAUGGUUGGGAUUCGAAUUAUGUGUUUUCGUACAAAAUGUUUCCGGAACUAUUUGAAAAUUUAUCAUUGUCGGACACGCAAUUUAAACCUUUUAUUUGUGUUAAUUUAAAAUUAUUGCUUAAUUAUUUGCAUUAUUUCGAUCCUGAUUAUGUGAAAUUAAUUUCGAAAUAUGCAAGAGAUAGUCUAAAAUUUACUUUGUGGCAUUGGUGGGUUACUUGUUUUAAACAAAAAUUUAAUAUUUCUUCAUAUGUUUUACUUGCGAAACUUUUCGAUCCAAUUACAAUCAAUGAACGAAAUAUCAGAGGAAGUACUCCAUUUCAUUUGGUUGUAUACUAUGAUAAAGCUCAUGAAAUUGAGAAAGUUUUGGAAGAAAAUGGUUGUGACAUUUUAAGAAUGAACAAAACAGGUGCUUAUGUACGUCGUAAAAAAUUAGAAUAUGUACUGGAUGGAAAAUUUAAUCGCAAUGCCAUACACUAUGAAGAACCACUUCCUUUACAAUAUAUAAUAUUAUUUGAAUUGUACAGAAAAGAACAGUACCAUGUAUUGAAACACAUGCUGAAAGAAUUAGAAGGAUCGCAACUUGAAAAAUUCAUCAAGUAUGUUUUACCAACAUAA